AUGGCGCCUGCGGUGCCGAGUAGCGAGGGAAGCUCGGAGGGAGUACAAGAUAAUGGAGAAAGACUUACCUCACCUGAAAUCAGUGAACAGGAUUCCGACUCAGAGGAUGACUCCUCACCGGCCACGAAAGGUGACAUAAAGCCCCUCCUGAUAGACCUGCGGAAGAUCUGGAAAUCAGACCUCAAGGAGACUCAAAUGGAGAUGAGGGUCCUCCACCAGCAAAUUAAGGAGGUGGAGACCAGAGAAAAGUCUUGA